AGUUUCUAUCCAUUUUAGUGCCCUUCAUUAGUUGUUGCUUUGCUGAUGAUGUGGAACCAUAAAACGUCUAAACAGUCAAGCUGAUGCUCUCACUCACUGGACUUGGCUCAUGUGUCUUGGGACUUGCUCGACGGCAAGAGGUUUCACUUUUUCCCACUUCGUUCGACUCAAGAAGUUAUUGAGGACAUGAUGGGAGCUCUCAGCCUAUUAGUAGCCAUCCUUACGCUGUUACGGUUCAGCCAUGCCAGUAGCAUCUAUCAAAAACUGCAGAACACCGUCGCAAUUAAAGAAACAGAAGAUAUCGCCAAUGUCCAGUUCCCGUUCAGACCGAACCCAUGCUAUGCCCAGGUUAACAACUUCGAUGAAGCUGCAAAACAAAUCAACACGACUAUGAUGGAUGAAAGAUCUUGUUACACAACUCAAGGCAGGUUUGGUUCUUGUAUGGCGGUUCGUUCUUGCUCCCCGACGUCAAAAUUGAGCAAUCUGGAAACGUGGUCUGUGAUUAUCCAAAUCGCCUGCAGCUACACCGUAAAAGAUGGAAAACAGAUACAUGGACUUUGCUGCCCGAUACCAGUAGCCAUUAAUCAUUCUGGCCUUAGUAACGACAUUCAAAUCACGCCGUUGGUGAUUAUGCCAUACCCUGUAAUACUAUACCCGUCGUUGGCAGCCAGUGUUGUGCCGACACUCCCAGUUGAAACUACGGUUUCAUCGCCACUAACAGAAAAGCAAGUGGCUAUCGAAUUGAAACAAAUCAGUUGUGGCGUUGGACCAACAAAAAUAUUGAGUCUCGAAGAAGAUCGUGUGGUAGGCGGAACCGAUGCUGUUAAGAAUUCUUGGCCCUAUGCGGUGCUAUUAAAGCAAGCUGGACGUUUUAAAUGUGGGGGAUCUUUGAUUUCUUCAAAUAGAGUCCUGACCGCGGCCCACUGCGUCGACUUCUCUUGGCCAUGGGAACAUUUAUUUUUAACUGUAGAGCUGGGCCUGCACGUCUUGUCACCGAGCGACGCACUGGUGUCGAGAAAAGUAUUCAGGGUGAUGCGCCACAGAGAUUACGAUCCCAACACCAUCAUCAACGACAUUGCAAUCUUGGUUUUAAAAUUCCCCGUGAAGUACGUGACGGCGAUUUCACCCGUCUGCUUGCCAGCGCCAGGGACUACCGAUACUUUCGUUGAUCUAGAGGCUGCCAUCAUCGGCUGGGGAUCCAUGCAAGACCAAUAUGGACCAUUGCCCCAAGUCCUACAGCAGGCCACCAUUAAAAUUAUAAGCAAUGCUGAGUGUCAAGCUAGUUACGACAACUUGCAAGUAACCAUCGCAGACAGCAUGAUUUGCGCUAUAAUUCCCGGCAAGGGUUCCUGCUUCGGGGACAGUGGCGGUCCGUUGCUUGUCAAAUCAUCGCCUACAGAACCCUGGACUGAGGUCGGCAUCGUUAGCUUUGGAGUCGAAUGCGCCAGUCCGGACUAUCCAACAGUAUACACGAGAGUGUCGUCUUUCUCGUCCUGGAUUUCGCAAAGGAUUUGAUCAGUCCAACUCCACUUCAAUCGCAUUUCAGCGUUGGACCUCAUUUUAAACAGCGGUUUUUGCUCCAACAUUUUCAUUUCAUUUCUAUUUUAUUAUUAUUUUUAAAAAGACUACCUACAAAAGGCAUGUUUAUUGAAUGUAGUUAAGACAUAACUUACAUUUG